GAAGUGAGGCGGGCGUUCGGACGUAAAGGGCGUACGCAAACAGGAAGUGUGGCAGUUUACCUACAGAACGGCGAGCGGCAUCAUGGCGGCCUACGAGCAAGUUCAAAAGGGGCCCCUGAAACUAAAAGGCGUUGCAGAGCUUGGCGUCACCAAGCGAAAGAAGAAAAAGAAGGACAAAGACAAGGCGAAACUCCUGGAAGCGAUGGGAACGAGCAAAAAGAAUGAGGAGGAGAAGAGGCGCGGUCUGGACAAACGAACCCCGGCCCAGGCGGCCUUCGAGAAGAUGCAAGAGAAGCGGACCCCAUCUGAAACUUUCUGUUUCUGCAAAAUGGGAAUGCAGUCAGUUGCCCGGGGCUGCAGGAAGCACACAUACAGUUCCCAGCAGAGCCUGCUAAGCAAAUGGAAAGGAUCCUAAAGAAAGCAUCCAAAACCCACAAGCAGAGAGUGGAGGAUUUCAACAGACACCUGGACACCCUCACAGAGCACUAUGACAUUCCCAAAGUCAGCUGGACGAAGUAGCCUCCCCACCCAGGGUAUGGAGUGGCAUCAAGGGGAAGUGGAAGGCAAAAUUGGGGUUAUGUUUGGUGCCUUUGGUCUUUUCUAGAAACAUACUUUUACACACACUCUUGUGUCUUCUACUGAGACAAGUGCUUUCCAAAGCAGUAUGCCCUCUUUCUGGAACAUGAUUAAAGUAAUAAGACUGUC